GUCCGGAUUAUUGACACACCGCCAGCAGCGAAAAGCGAGCGAGCGCAAAAGGUGCCAUGGAGGCGUAAGAGAAGCAGCAGGAGUUCUUUCUUCUACGUGAUUACGGCUUCCAAACCGACACCUGAACGCUCGAAACUUUUUCGCUUUUUUUUUUUUUUUUAAUGCUGUGAGGGGAUUGCUUUUUCCUUGGGGCAAAGUACAAAUUUAUAUUUGAAAAGAAAAACGAUGGCGAAAGCUGUCAUUUUCAACGUCUGCCUGGCGCUGAUCCUGGUCGGAGUAGAGUCGUGCUUCGUCCCAAGCGUCCUGUACGUCCCGGUGCCGCAAAGUAUCCCGGCCAGAUUCGAGAUAAGCAGACUCAAUGUGGCGAGCUGCGCGAGCGUCACUUGCAACGACCGCGCUUUCGCAGUCUGGCCCAACGGUUCGGUGACGGCCACGACCGCCGUCGAGAUCUCGUCUAAAGGCAGAACUUUCUCCGUUUGGGUUGAACGCAACGACGGGCGGCACAUGCAGAUGGACGUCAACCUCAUCGCCAGCGAGCAAAUGAUCAGACAGCCCACUGACGCGCUGCAACGGGUCAGAAGACGCUGGAGCCCCCCACCCAUCAAUAUCCUGGAGAAUGACCCCGGCCCCUAUCCAAGAGACGUCUCAAGGCUCGUAUCCGACAGCGAAGCCUCUCGUCAGGUGUACUACACUCUGACUGGGGCCGGCUACGACAAGUACCCAGAAGGAGUGUUUAGGUUUGACAGCGACUCUGGAAUGUUGACUGUGCUCAAGCCGGUCGAUCGUGAGGAGUUCCCGCAGUUCGCCUUAAUAGCCAGGGUUUUCGACAAAAUUUCGCGGCAAGAAACCGAUGACCCUUUGGGCAUCCUUGUCAACGUGGACGAUCAGAAUGACAAUGCGCCGCAGUUCAGCGGCCAAAUGCAAUUUUCGGUGGCAGAGAAAAGCAAAGCAGGCACCGUCAUGGGGAAGGUGAACGCCACCGACAGAGACCAGGCAGGCACCGACCACGUGAAGAUCCGCUAUUCCCUUUUGAGCGAAUUGGAGCGAUUUGCCAUCAACCCGGAGACGGGGGUCUUGGCAACGGCCACCAAUACUUUAGACAGAGAGAGUAAAGAAAUAUACAACGUGAUUGUGCAAAUCAAAGAUAUGGACGGCGGAGCCAAAGGUUUGUUCACCACGGGCACGGCGACCAUCACGCUGACCGACAUCAACGACAACCCGCCGACCUUCACAAAGAAAUUGUACGAAGCCACCGCACAGGAGAACGAAGUUGGCAAACUUAUUCUCCGUAUGCCUGUCGAAGAUAAGGAUUUAAAAGGCACAUCCGCCUGGAAAUCGAAAUUCGUUAUCACUAAGGGCAAUGAAAACGGAAACUUCCGGAUGGAGACGGACCCCAAAACAAAUGACGGCCUUCUGUACAUUUCUAAGCCAUUAAAUUUUGAGAAGUCCCAAAAAAUGAGGCUGGAAGUGAUGGCCCGCAACGAAGCCGAGCUGAGCGGCACCACGGCCCAGUGGGAGAUCGUCCCCGUGGACUUGACGGUGGGCGACGUGGACGAAGGUCCCGAAUUCACGGCGCCGACCGUUCGCUUCACCGUCAAAGAGAACACGCCCAACGGCACGGUGAUAGGAACGUACAAAGCCAUCGAUCCGGAAACCAAGAGCAGCGACGGCAUCAAGUAUUACAAGAUCAUGGACCCGGCCGCCUGGAUCAACGUGGACAGGAACUCAGGAGAGCUGAGGGUGGCAAAUACCAUCGACAGAGAGUCGCAAUUUGUCAAGGAGGGACUUUACAACAUCACCGUGCGAGCCGUCGACGCAACUUCCAAGACCGGUACGGGAAUGGUCAUCAUCCAGGUGGAAGACGUGAACGACAACGUGCCGGUUAUCGUCCCGCCUGGCGAGAGGGUGGUGUGCGAGAAGGAAGGGGAAAUGGGCUCGGCGCUGCUCGUGGCAGAAGAUGCCGACGAGGCGCCCUUUAAAGGCCCCUUCACCUUCAGCCUGCCGCAUAACGAAGAGGGAAAAUGGUCCAUCGUCAGAUUCAAUGACACGGCUGCCACGCUACGGCAGGACAAAGACCUCCCCUUGAAGGUGCAUCAAGUUCCCGUCGAGGUGAAGGAUCUGCAGGGCAACGGGAAAAUCCAGACAGUGAGCGUCAGGAUCUGCCAGUGCAGGAACGGCGCCUGCGUGACCAAGCCUUGGUCGGCCUCGCUGGGCCCGAUGGGGUGGCUGGCGUUCCUCCUGCCUCUGCUCCUCCUGCUGCUGCUACUCUUGCUGCUCGCCUGUUUGUGCACGACAAAGCCAGACUUGCAGAUCUUGGAGGACACGACCGACAGCGGCGGAAUCCUCAUCAAAUCCAACACAGAAGCCCCGGGGGAAGAAGUGGACGCCAGUCUGAUUAAGGUCCCCAUCCCCGGCUCGGAAUUCAAGGGCUCGGUGGCCAAUCAGGAUUGGCAAAUAAAGGGCUCCACCCUGGGACGCCAGGACACCACCCUCUACAAGUCCGGCUUUGAUGCCACCGACGGCGAGUUCAUCAGCGGGUAUUACGACAGCCAGUACGGAACCCAGCAGAUGAACUACGACGCAAACUUUCUCAACACAUGGCAAACAAACGGACGCUAUUUGCAUCAGAAACUUUCCUAUUUUGGAGGCAAGGAGUACGAUGGGCGCUACGCGGACGACAUCAUCCACCAGUACGGCUUUGAGGGAGCGGGCUCGGCGGCCGGCUCGGUCGGCUGCUGCAGCGACGACGGCGCCAACGAAAACCUCGACUUCUUAAACACGUUGGGACCCAAGUUCAAAAAUCUUGCAGGCGUCUGCAAAAAGACAUGAACGACCAAGCUGGAGAAAAAUAGCGUUUUGCCCGUUGGGUGCCCAGAAUGCGGCGCAUCGCGGCCAAUCCCACCCUGCCGCCAACAAUGAAAGGGAAGACGGAAGCCGAGUCAUGUGGGCUUUUGCUCAAAUUUUCUUUUUUAAUCUCUGCUGCCUUGUCUCGAGUCCCAAGCACUGAUAACCUUGCUGACACUGUACAUGUUGCUUUUCUUUUUUCUGGAGUGGAUUCUUGGUUGCUAGUCGCUGAUGCGUUGAUGUUUUUUGUUUUUUUUGGCAAGGGGUGUGUGUGAUAAUUUCGUAACAACUUCAGGUUUGGGGUUUUACUAAUCCCAUGUUUUCAUAGUGAAUGUGCAAAGUAAUUAUCUGUUUUAAAUGGCUCCCCAUUUUUUUUAUAAAGAGUUUUGAUAUUUUUGAUAAUAUGAACUAAGAUACAGUUGCCUAAAAGACAAAAAAAGGUCGGGCAUUCUAAGAAUGAGAUUUUUGAUCAAUUGCAUCCAUCUUAAAGCAACUGAGGGCAGCUGGCGCUCGAGUUCUGCUACCCUUAAAAUAGGGGUCCAGAACUUUCAGUGUUUGUUUUUUUGCCCCGUAGCAAUAAAAUAAUGUUCAUAGAAUCAAAUAGCUUGAUCAAGGAAAUUUAUUAAAAUGCCUGCCUCUAUUUUUUUUUCUUUGUUUUUUGACUACUACUGGUUCUAAACUGUACACGCGCAUUCCAGCGGCGGCCGGGAUUGUCAAAGGUGGAGCGGGUGUGGCUCCAGCAGCCGUCAGCAGUUAUUGCAACAUUCUAAGAUGCCAAAGUCUACACUAGGGCGUCAACUGGGCCACUGCCAACGGCCUAACAAAAGAGUCUGAUGACUAAAAAUCUGACAUUUCCGCAUUUGGCGUCAAUGAACGUUCGAAAUGUCUCUCGGAGAUUGCGUAAAGGUAGAUUUGGCUUAACUUAUUGACUUCAACAAGCUGACUUCUUUUCACUGUAACACCUGUAGUGUGUGCGACUGGAAAAUAAUAAAAGGAACUCUUGUA